AAAACAUUUUUGAUGGACUUGGCGGCGAAUACAGAUAUAAAUGGAAUGAAUUUCAGCAGCUGUUUGUUAACAUUUUCGGCAACCAGGUCGAGUCACCAGACGUACCGAGAAGAUAUAUUCGCAUUAAUCGAGAUUAGAGGCUUUGAGACAGAUGAAGGCUACGACAAAUCAAUGCAGAGAUGGUGA